AUGAGUGUAUUCGCGAAGGAAUCACUGAAAUUAUUCGAUGAUUUAUUGUUCAAUAAUACAGUCCUAGAUGUAAAACCUAUAUUCCGUCCUCCGCUCUUGGAAUAUGAUUGUUUGCUGCAUUUAAAGUCACUCGUGGACUUCAAUCCUAUACAACGUUUCUUAAAAGAUUUAAGAGAUGGUUAUGGGGAUUACGCAUUGUUUUUCCAUGAUACUUAUGGUGGAACGGUGAUCGGAGUUCUGUUGAAACCUACUGUCCUCGAGCGUAAAGAUUUCAAAGUGUCGGAAGCCAAUUGUAGAAAACUCGAUGCUGAUGGUAAACUCAUCUUAAACAUUUCGACAAUGAUCGAGGAUUUUUACAUUCUGGGGAGAGGUAUUAUACGCACGAUUGAUAUUCCGAAUAAAAAAAAGUUUUCCUUGACAUCAGAGUCGAUUACAUAGGUAUGUUCAAAGCACGAGAAUCUCGAGAUU